ACCUCUGUUAAUCAGGCCACGCUUGUUGCUUCUGUUUGCCGUGCAUCUCCAGCUGAAAGGGAUGAGGCUGAGGUGCUGAGUUUCAUUAUUAAGGAGAAAAGAGAGGACUCAUCUGAGGAGGGACUUUGGGACAGGCUUCCAAACAGAUGAGGAAACUGAGGCCAAGAGGUUGUGACUAACAGGACCAUAGAGCUAGUUGUGCUGCCGGACUGGGCUUCUAGUCCAGUAGCUGGAGACAGUCAUGGAAAAGUGGAAUAUACUUCCCAAUGAACAGAAUGAGAACUGUCCUUCAGACAACUGCUCAGAUUCAGUGCGAUUUGAUGCUAGGACUAUGAUGGCAAGGCUUCCAGAAAAUCUUCCCACUGUCUUUGGAUUGCAAGAAAAGCUGAAGUCCCACAAAAUCGCACUGGUUGGCCUUUAUCUCUUUGUGUUUGGGGUUCUGAUCCCAAUCACUGGAUUUGUUACAGCUCAGACCUUGAAAAUGGUAUCUGAUCACAACGACACUUUAGACAAGAAGAUUCAACAGAUCUCAGAUUUAGAAGCAAAUCUGCACUCCCAACUUUUCCAGAACCUCAGCAUAAAGAUGGAGCAGAAAUUUGAGGACCUUCUCCUUCAGGUCAGCUCCAUCAUCUCUGCUGUCCACACUCAAAGAGGAGUGCUAGCUGCUGUCAUCAACUCUGUAGCAAACUUAAAUGCCACGUUACUUGAAAUUCAGCUCGAUAUAGAGAGCUGGAAAGGCACCUGUCAAGGGAACAUCCGCAAACAGCAGGAGGAGACUGAGAGGCUGGAGGAGCAUGUGUACAAUGUGUCAGCAGAAAUCAUGACCUUGAAAGAGCAGCAGAUCCAUCUGAAUCAGGAAAUCAAAGGAGAAAUGAAACUUUUGGCUAACAUCACAAAUGACCUUAGACUAAAAGAUUGGGAGCAUUCAAUGACAUUGAGAAACAUAACAUUAAUUCAAGGCCCUCCUGGACCAAAAGGUGACCGAGGGGACAGAGGCCCCCAAGGAGAAGUGGGGGCUCCUGGCAUCACUGGCCCAAGAGGUCUUCCAGGUCUAAAAGGUGACAGGGGAUUGACAGGCCCCCAAGGGAACCAAGGCAAUCCCGGACUCCCAGGGAUUGUGGGAAGACAAGGUUUUCCUGGCCCGAAAGAGCAAAAAGGAGAAAAGAGGGAUCAGAGAUACCACUCUACUGCUCCAAUCAAAACUGUCCGACUUGUGGGUGGCAGCCAGCCCAAUGAGGGCCGAGUAGAGAUUUUCCACAAUGGCCACUGGGGCACUGUCUGUGACGACCGUUGGGAGAUACGAAAUGGAUUGGUUGUGUGUAAGAGUUUGGGCUACUCUGGAGUUGAAAAGGUGCAUAAGGAUGCCUACUUCGGAGGCGGUACUGGUAUCAUAUGGAUGAAUGAAGUCCUCUGCUUUGGAAAAGAACUGUCUCUAGAGAAAUGCUUGUUCAAAGGUUGGGGUGUGACCAACUGUAACCACAACGAGGAUGCUGGGGUCACCUGCAAGGUGUGACACCAUCCUCUUCCUCCUAAAUUGAGCACAAGGACCUCCUUCGAAGGCACUCCUUUUUUCCAACUGGGCAUGAAAAUCUUUCACCAUAUCACAUUUUAUAGAGGCAUAACAGACAGACAGAUGUUUUGCCUGGAGAGUCCUGGUGGAUGGUUUUGUCAUUUGCCACUGACUCCUUUUAACACCACGGGCACCGCUCUAUGACCCAAUUAUUGAAAGGGCAUCACCUAUAUUUUGAAGGGCAUUUCAAUUGGACGCUUCUGGUUGAAUAGUGAAUGGAAUUUCCUUAAGGGCAGAGUCUGAUUUGCUUUUGCCUUUCUAUCCCUAGUACCAGAGAUAGGACCCUGAAAAUAGUAGUCAUUCAGUAAAUGGUUAAGUCAAAUAGGAGCUCCUCAGGGGAGGGAUUGUUUGUUGUUUUUCUUUGUAUCCUCAGCACUUAGCAUAGUGCUUGGCACCUAGUAGGUACUUAAUAAAUGUUAGGUGUCUGACUGGCUGACUAACUAGUACAGCUGAUAGACAUUAUCACCAGACUCUAGUUUAUAAAAAGUCCUUAUCACUUCUCUAGUACUUUGGGGCAUUGUAGAAGAGCUUUGUUCACACCAGAUAUAGUGAGAAUUGUUGUCUCCAUCUUACACACACUAGGAAAAUGAGAUGAAAGGAGAACAACUGAUUCACCUGUGAAAACGCCAACUAAGUGUCAGAUCCAGGGCUGGCACCCAAGACCUUGAACCACAUGCCUAAAUCUCUUUUCACUACAUCAUACUCUAAUGACUUUUCUUCAAACCAACUAUCCUGGUUUUAUUGACCUGAAUGGUCAAGAGAUUGGGAUGAACUUUGGUCAUGCCCAUUCCACUAAAUCCCAGUCAUUCAUCCUAAAAAGAAAAGGAGAAGAGCCAAGAUGGGCAGCAACCCAGAUGAAUUCUACCAACAUGCCCCUCCAAACAACCUUAAAAUGACUCCUCAAAUCAAAUUUUGGAGUGGCAGAGCCAACAAAAGGUCAGAGGGAGACAUUUUCCAGACAAUAUAACUUGGGAGGUUAGCAGGAAAGGUCUGUGACACUGGAGUGGAGGCCUGUCCAGAGUGUAUGCACAGGGUAACAGCACCAACAGCAGCUCUGGGACCUCUCAAAGAUGGUUAAGGGAAUUGGACAAUCAGAAUUGCAGGUGACCAUUUGCUGGCACUGGGUACAUUUAGCAUUGAUAGGCAACUCUAUUGCUGGCACUGGGUACAUUUGGCAUUGAUAGGCAACUCUAAGCAAUUCUGUGUCACAAUUCCAGGGCAGAUAGGAUCUCUUGUCAUCAACCACAAGGUAGUAGGAGCCUUGGUCACAGUUCCAACACAGAAAGAAACACUAGUACCUGAAGCUUUAGGGGAACAGGGGGCCUAGUCACAGUUCAGGGCCCAAAGAAAUGUUAGUGUUUGUGACUGCAGGACACCAGGGGCCCUUAUUGGAUAAAAGCAAGAUCAUAGACCAGGAAAAUGGUGACUACACUUCUCCCCAAAUCACACCACCUUAGAAUCACCAAAAACUUGCAGACCCCAAUAGUAGUUCUGAAAACAACAGCAUGGAAAAGCCUAAAGCUUGGCACAAUGCCUCCCCACCUCCAGGUGAGCAGAGCCCGACUUUAACAUAUAGUUAAAAGUCAAAAAAUAGGCUGGGGAGAUGAACAAACAAGGGAAAGAGUAUUAGAUCAUAAAAAGCUGUUAUGGUGUCAAGGAAGACCAACACACAAAAUCCGAUAAUGACAACAUAAAAACAACUACAACCAAAGCCUCAAAGAAAAAUGCUAAUUGGAUUGAAGUCUAACAAGAAUUCCU